CGUUUUAUCACCAGGGAAGCCAUGCCCUCUCACCACCAUAAGAAGAACAAAGAUCCCCACAGAACCAGACCCUCCCACCGGCACCAUGUGACACCCAAACAACAAGACCCUGUAGAGAGGACUAAGGCUGUAUCAGAAGGUCCAGGUCCUGAUGAUGACAGUAACAUGUCAGUGGAGGGAGAGGAGACUAGCAGCAUAUCUGGUAAUGGGUCAGAGGUCGGCAGUGUCGGGUCUAGGGACCAGGGAGAUGGAGCCUCUGCCAUAGAGCCCAGCCUGGAGAGACGUCAGCCUACAGACGUGAAGUGGGUGGGGCCAGUCAGAGCCCCGCUCCUGUCAAUCAAGACGGAGCUCAACAUCCCACUGUUGCUGUUGACUGUUGUUGCUAUGGCAACAAGAAUGUGGAGAUUAGAGUAUCCCAACAGUGUGGUGUUUGAUGAGAUGCACUUUGGCAGGUUUGCCAGUAUGUACAUCAGGAAAACCUUCUUCUUCGAUGUCCACCCUCCACUAGGGAAACUGAUUAUCGCUUUUGGAGCCUACCUCGGUGACUUCAAUGGGAAUUUUACCUGGGAGAGAAUAGGAGCAGACUACCCGUCGGCUGUCCCAGUAUGGUACCUGAGACUGUUCCCUGCCUUAUUUGGUAGCCUGUUGGUACCGCUGACCUACCAGACCACAGUAGAACUGGGGUACAACCACUGGACUGCUGCCCUGGCUGGGGGCAUGGUGCUGUUUGAGAACAGCCUGGUAACCCAGAGCAGGUUCCUGUUGAUUGACAGCUUCCUGCUCUUCUUCAUCCUGGCCACCCUGCUUUGUCUGUUGAAGUUCUGGAGACUCAAACACAGUCCCUUUUCUCUAUCAUGGUGGGCGUGGUUGGCUGGAACUGGUGCCAUGUUAGCCUGUGCGUGCAGUGUAAAAUAUGUGGGAGUUUUCACUGUGCUGCUGGUCGGGGGGAUGAUCUUCCAUGAAUUGUGGAAUUUGAUUGGAGACAAGAGGCUGUCUGUGCAUGAUCUGACCUCCCAUUUCCUGGCCCGUGCUGGCCUGCUGGCUGUCCUGCCCGUGGUGCUGUACCUGCUGCUGUUCCACCUUCACAUGGAGCUGGCCAAUAGGAGCGGGCCUCAUGACGAGAUGAUGACCAGCGCCUUCCAGGCUACACUGGAGGGUGGUUUAUCGAGAAUAACAAAAAGCCAGCCCGUCAGUAUAGCGUACGGUUCCCAGAUCACGUUACGCCACACCCACGGGAUGUUCCUGGGCCGACCCUGCUGGCUCCACUCCCACCUGGCCACCUACCCUGUCCGUUACCACGACAACCGGGGCAGCUCCGCCCAACAACAGGUCACAUGUUACAGUUUCAAGGACAUCAACAACUGGUGGAUUGUCAAGGAUCCUGGCAGAACAACAGUAUACGUGGAUGACCCUCCCAAACUGAUCCACCAUGGUGACAUCAUACAGCUGGUACAUGGGACCUCCUCCAGGGCUCUCAACAGUCACAAUGUGGCAGCCCCCCUGUCACCCUACAGUCAGGAGGUGACGUGUUACAUUGACUACAACAUCAGCUUACCUGCACAGAACCUGUGGAGAGUGGAGUUGGUGGAUGGUGCAGAUGAAGGUGAUACCUGGAAAAGCAUCCAGUCUCACAUCAGGCUGGUUCACGUUAACACAUCUGCUGCACUCAAGUGGAAGAUGCUGUCUACUAACAAGGAACUGCAGCAGGAACACAAGUACUCGUCCAGCCCUGGGGAGUGGCCACUCAUGGAGAGGGGUGUGGCCUACUGGCUCCAUCCUAGAACUAAUGCACAAAUCCAUUUCAUGGGGAACCCAGUGGUGUGGUGGUCUGGAGUGGUGGGAAUUCUGGGAUACCUGGCUCUGCUGGGGGUACUGUUGGUCCGCAGGAGGAGGGCUUGUUUUGAUAUGGAUGAUGAGUCCUGGCAGAGAUACAUCCUGACAGGAGAGUUAGUGCUGGGUGGUUGGGUGCUGCAUUAUGUGCCGUUCUUCCUGAUGGAGCGGACACUGUUCCUGCACCACUACCUGCCAGCUCUUGUCUUCAAAAUACUGCUGCUCGCUGUCAUGGUAGAAAACAUCCACACACAUGUACUCAGAUGGCCAGUCCACAGAAAUGUCUUCUCAGCCCUGUGUGCUGUCUGGGUAACCUGUAUCUACCUCUCCUACAGAAAAUUUGCCCCACUGACUUAUGGGAACUCUGACCUGUCAGCUGAUGAGGUCACUGACCUCAAGUGGCUGGACUCAUGGGAUCUGCUCAUCCAAGUUUUAUGAGGAAUGUGCUCUAUAUGUAAGAUAGAAGGAGGGAUUUCUGUGUCUUGCUCCAAAAGAUGAAUAUAACAACUAAGACACAAUGAUACUUGUUGCUUGGUAAUUUUAAGAUUUAAGUUAUGGGCUUGGACUAAAACUGUCUGAAACAAGUGCAAAUUAUCUUGACAAGCAUUUGGUUCUUCGAUUCAAACAAUGUUUAGAUGUAUAGAGAUUGAGUUGCAAUACAUGAGCAUUUUUUAUCAGAUGUGCAAAUACAGAGUAUGAAAGCAAUGUGUUUAAAGAUAUGGUAGCCCUUAUAGCCAUUCAACAGUCCCUGAAGAGCUGAUGUAUAGUUUUAUAGAACUUUUCCAAAGCCAUUAUAUAGUAACAAUAUUUAAGGUGAAUUUGUUGUGUGUUGUAUUGUGUUCAGGAUGUUGUUGAAAAACUAUGGCAAAUGUGCGAGAU